AUGUUGAAAUCUUACCUGACAUUAUGGAAACAAUUGGAAGUGUCCAAGGCAGAGUGGGGAAGACUCAAACUGAAAGUUGAUGAUAUCAACACAGUUCCACUAUACAAGCAACUUUCUGAAAUAUACAAUGUUGAAAUUCUUUACCCUGCUAUAAGAUCUGUAGCCAUACGUAUGGGUCUGGAAGAUGAAUUCGAAGGUUUUGUCACUACAUCUCAGUGUAUAUUUCCCCUUAAAGAAGCUUCAGAAGCUGAGCUCAAAACACAGCAGCUUAAAAAGCUCUUGGAAAGUCUAGAAAUACAUAUUAUUCACGAUGUGCAAAAGAAAACAAACAAAGAAAUGACAUUGGUUAUAUCUGAAAAAGCAAGAGAAGAGAGAAACCUUCCUACUGAGCUCUGGAAACAUCGCAGCAUGCAAGAAAACUUCUCAGUUACUAGACCAGAAAUAGUCGAGUCAUUUAUUCAGAGGCUAAUGGAAAAUCACCAAGAAACUGAUGCAGAGAUCACCAUUGGAAAAGACCACUUACAGAGAUGCUUCACUGCUCUGGGUUGUGACAUCAUGGCUAGAGAGCGCAGCAACUUUGAGACCUACUCCAUGUUUUAUGAAAAUAUCCUCCAGCAGCAGCAGCGGCUCCUGUAUCAAAAAGAACAAGUAGCAGAACUGAGCCAUGAGAUGAUCAUGGAAAUAACAGCCCUGAGAGCCAGACUUGCUGAUCUACAUAGAGAAGAUUACCACCUCAAAGAACAAAUAAGAAAAGAAGUGCAAGAGAAUUAUAAUGCAUUAGUGCAAAGCUUAUUUCUGAUGUGUUUGCAACUGAAAGGAAAACUCAAUGAGUAUCGCUUAAGCAUCAGUCGACACAUGUUUGAGAUGAUCAGUGAGGUGAGAAGAGACGGAGUGGACAAAAUUAUUGCCCUGAAGAAGAAAUUUGGCUCCACUAAAGACAACAGUGUGCUCAAAGAACAUUUGACUCAACAGGAGCAACUGCAGGAGCUAAGGGAUGAAAACAGCCAUUUGGGGGAGUUGGUGUGCAAACUGAAGACCAUUAGUUGCUGGAAAGAAACAGUCCAAAAAGCAAAACUGUCUGCCUCCCUAAGAGAGAUGGAGAAGGAAUCCCUCUUUUCCCUACUUCCUCGCAUCUCUCAAGCCGAAAUGAACGAAGAUGAGGAGAAACCUGUUCGUAAGACGACGGAGAGUGAGGUUCCUAGCACUCAGACUGAGGUACCGGUGACCACCACACCACCGGUGACUGCCCCAAUACCGACUCAGAGUCUAGGUACUGUGCCGAAGAUGUCAAUGGCCAAGUUGUUCCUGACCCUGCGCGGCCCGCGGCAGCUGGCCAGGCAGUCAUAUCAGCCGGGCAGUUUGCGGUGGGGGCAGUUCAACCCAGACUCAACGGAGAUGUACUCCCUCACUCAGGGGCCACGGAGAGACAGUCGGUUUGAUAUCGGGUUCCAAUCUGAUGCCAGCUUCCUGCCAUUUGGGGGUACCUCGGAGGCAGCAACCGGAGCAUGGGUGACAGGCAGCUCAAAAGCGUGUAGCGGCCCCACAUCUCUGGAGGAGGAGUUUGACUGGGCCCAAUGCCUGUCUCCAGAUGAGACAGGAAUUCGAGGACACGCUCCUGGCCAUACCGGACAUGAUGACAGCAGCCGAGUGGAUGUAAUCACAGCUCGCUUGAGAGGGGCCACGGCCACUUGGUACGUGGGCUUGCACAAUGUGAGGGGCCCGGAGCUGGAGGCCAUUCAAAACAAAAAAGAAUGUCUGAAAUACAAGAUGAUGGCGGAACAAGAGGUCCUCCUAUUUCGUCAACAAUUGAAGGCAGCCAGGAAAGCUCUGGCACAAUCUCAGGCAGAGAAUAAAAGGUUGAAGCAACAACUUGACAAGCAGGACCACUUGCUACAAGAGGCAGAGCACAGGAUGAAUCAAGAAGUCCACAGAAGGCAGAAACUCAAUCAGAUUAAGACAGACAACUUGGAUAGGAUGCUGGAGGAUCUUGGAAAGAGAGAACUGAGACUGCAGUGCCAGUCAGCAGAAGCUGAGAAAUCCUCAAAGAUAAGACAGCUUCAAGAAAAAAAAGUGAAAAAAGCAUUUCACCAAGUAAGAACCCGACUGACCCAGGAGCACAGUUUAAAACUGGACGCCUUCCAGAGGCUAGAUGAGCUUCAGUAUCAGCUUUAUGACAUGGAAGCUGCAGCAUCCCAGAGAAAUUUAUCUGCAGGCUCUACAUCGUGGAUUCAGAAUGCAGGAAUAUCAACAUUCACAUUAAGCAGGGAUUCCAAACAGCACUUUUUGACUACUGGCUCUAUGCGUAGCAUCAACAGUGCAACUGAAGAGAGUCAACGACCUAAAACAAAAGAGUUUGGUUGUGGAGUUAUGGCUGAAUAUGUCUUGUUAUAA